AUGGUGUUCGGUCUGAAGGUGAUUCUCUUCCUAUCUUUGCUUCUCUUUCCUGUUUUGAAAAGCUCUCGGGUAACUUUAAAUAACAACGGAUAUGAUGGCAUUGUCAUUGCAAUUAAUCCCAGUGUACCAGAAGAUGAAAAACUCAUUCAAAACAUAAAGGCAAUGGUAACUGAAGCUUCUACUUAUCUGUUUUAUGCUACCAAACGAAGAGCUUAUUUCAGGAAUGUAAGCAUUUUAAUUCCAAUGACCUGGAAAUCAAAGCCUGAGUACUUAAUGCCAAAACAAGAAUCAUAUGACCAGGCAGAUGUCAUAGUUGCUGAUCCUUACCUGAAAUAUGGAGAUGAUCCCUAUACACUUCAAUAUGGACAAUGUGGAGAAAAAGGACAAUAUAUACAUUUUACUCCAAACUUCUUGUUGAAUAAUAAUUUGCCUAUCUAUGGGCCUCGAGGCAGAGUAUUUGUCCAUGAGUGGGCCCAUCUCCGGUGGGGAAUAUUUGAUGAGUAUAAUGAGGACCGGCCAUUCUAUAUUUCCAGAAGAAACACCAUUGAAGCAACAAGAUGUUCCACUCAUAUUACUGGUGCUAACGUGGUUCGAAACUGCAAGAAGAGCAGCUGCAUAACACGACCAUGCAGACGUGACUCAAAGACGGGGCUGUAUGAAGCAAAUUGUACAUUUAUCCCAAACAGAUCCCAGACUGCCAAGGACUCCAUUAUGUUUAUGCAAAAUCUUGAGUCUGUGACUGAAUUUUGUACUGAAGAAACACACAAUACAGAAGCUCCAAACCUACAGAACAAAAUGUGCAAUCACAAAAGCACGUGGGAUAUAAUCAUGCGCUCUGAAGAUUUUCAGGAUUUAUCUCCCAUGACAGAAAUAAAGUCACCACCUCAUCCUACAUUUUCAUUGCUCAAGUCCAAACAGCGUGUAGUCUGUUUGGUACUUGAUAAAUCUGGAAGCAUGGCUGCAGAAGACCGUCUCUUUCGAAUGAAUCAAGCAGCAGAACUGUACUUGAUUCAAAUUAUUGAAAAAGGGUCCUUCGUUGGGAUGGUCACAUUUGACAGUCAUGCUCAAAUCCAAAAUAAUCUCAUAAAAAUAAUUGAUGAUAACACUUACCAAAUGAUCACUGCAAACCUGCCUCAAGAAGCUCGUGGUGGCACUUCAAUUUGCAACGGACUUAAAGCAGGAUUUCAGGCAAUUUCCCAGAGUAACCAGAGUACUUUGGGUUCUGAAAUCAUAUUACUAACAGAUGGGGAAGAUGAUCAAAUAAGCUCAUGCUUCGAAGAGGUAAAACAAAGUGGUGCAAUCAUCCACACCAUUGCUCUGGGACCAUCUGCUGAGAAAGAACUGGAGACCCUGUCAAAUGUGACAAGAGGACAUCGUUUUUAUGCCCAUAAUGACAUAAAUGGCCUUAUUGAUGCUUUCAGCAGAAUUUCAUCUAGAAGUGGUAGCAUCUUUCAACAGGCUCUUCAGUUGGAAAGUAAAGCUUUGAAUAUCCCGGAGAAGAAAUGGGUAAAUGGUACAGUGCCUGUGGAUAGUACAGUUGGAAAUGAUACUUUUUUUGUUGUCACAUGGACAAUACAAAAGCCAGAAAUAAUUCUUCAAGGUCCAAAAGGGAAAAAAUUCACUACCUUGGAUUUCCAAGAAGAUAAACUAAAUAUUCGGUCUGCUCGUCUUCGAAUACCAGGUAUUGCAGAGACAGGCACUUGGACUUACAGCCUUCGAAAUAAUCAUGCCCAAUCUCAGUUGCUAACUGUCACAAUGACCACUCGAGCAAGAAGCCCUACCACACUCCCAGUAAUUGCAACUGCUCACAUGAAUCGAAAUACAGCUCAUUACCCUAGCCCAAUGAUUGUUUAUGCACGAGUCAGUCAAGGGUUUCUGCCUGUUCUGGGAAUCAAUGUAACAGCCAUUAUAGAAAAUGAAGAUGGACGUCAAGUAACAUUGGAGCUCUGGGACAAUGGUGCAGGUGCUGAUACUGUCAAGAAUGAUGGCAUCUACUCAAGAUAUUUUACAGAUUACCGUAUAAAUGGUAGAUACAGUUUAAAAGUGCAUGUCCAGGCAAGAAAAAAAACAGCUAGGCUAAGUUUAAGACAACAACAGAAUAAAGCUCUGUACAUACCGGGCUAUGUUGAAAAUGGAAAAAUUAUACUGAACCCACCCAAACCUGAAGCCAAAGAUGAUGUGGCAGAAGCUCAAAUAGACGACUUCAGCAGACUCACCUCUGGAGAGUCAUUUAUUGUAUCAGGAGUACCUCCUAAUAGUAAUACUUCUCAGGUGUUCCCACCUGGUAAAAUUGUAGACCUCGAGGCUAAGUUUCAAGGAGAUCAUAUUCAACUUUCAUGGACUGCCCCUGGCAAGGUCCUCGAUAAAGGAAGAGGAUAUGUGAAGAAAGACAUUCACUAUAGCAUGUUUUUAAGAGUGAAGACUAGAAAAAUCUAAGCAUCCAGCAAUAAGGAAAUGGA